AAACACAGUUGUAUUUAGAUGGAAUUAAUACCUAUAGCGACAAAUGUACCCAAAUGACUAAUCUACAGAUCCUGCCUUAUCAUGCCUCUACUAACACCUCUCCUAAAACCUCUCCAACUUUGCUCUACUUCGCUUUGUUACCAUCAGUCUGUGCACAGAUGUGCGUGGAGAGCGACGGCUGUGAGAUCGAAGGCUGCAGCAGUUCUGAUGAGGUGCGCACGCUGUCCGGCAGCAUGACUCCCGCGCUCAACAAUAACUCCAGUCCGGACCUCCACGCGUGCAAACCGGGGCACAAAUUCCGCGCCGCGCUCCUCAGAUGCCGCUCACCGGCAGCCGCAGCCGGGAUCCUCAGCUUCGGGAACGUCCUCAACUACAUGGAUAGAUACACUGUAGCCGGUGUUCUGCUCGACAUCCAGCGGCACUACGGAGUAUCAGACAGUGGAAUCGGCUUGUUGCAAACAGUCUUCAUCUGCAGCUUCAUGGUGGCGGCUCCCAUCUUUGGUUACCUGGGCGACCGCUUCAACAGAAAGGUCAUCCUGAGCUGUGGCAUUUUCUUCUGGUCCAUUGUUACCCUGUCGAGCUCCUUCAUCAGCAAAGAGUAUUACUGGCUGUUUGUGCUCUCCAGAGGACUGGUGGGUAUUGGAGAAUCCAGCUACUCCUCCAUCUCUCCCACCAUCAUAGGAGACCUGUUCACGAACAACAGCCGCACCAUGAUGCUCUCUGUCUUCUACCUGGCCAUCCCCCUGGGAAGUGGGUUGGGAUACAUCCUGGGCUCCAGCGCUAAGGUGGCUGCAGGAGACUGGCACUGGGCACUGAGGGUGUCUCCAGCUUUGGGGAUCACCGCGGGAACCCUGAUCCUGGUCUUCGUGCCCGAGCCAAAGAGAGGCAGCGCCGACCAGAUGGGACGCAUCAAGACCAUCAAGACCUCCUGGCUGUGUGACAUGAAGGCGCUCGCCAAGAAUCGGAGCUACGUGUUCUCCUCCCUGGCGUCCUCAUCGGUGUCUUUUGCCACGGGGGCGUUUGGCAUAUGGAUCCCUCAGUACCUGGCCAGAGCCCAGGUGGUGCAGAAGACGGCAGAGGCCUGCACAAAAGACAUCUGCAGUAGCACAGACAGCCUAAUCUUCGGGGCGAUCACCUGCGUCACAGGCCUGUUAGGCGUGGUCAUCGGGGCGGCCACCACGCGCCUGUGCCGCCAGAGGACGGAGCGAGCCGACCCGCUCGUGUGCGCCGUCAGCAUGCUGGGCUCGGCCAUCUUCAUCUGCCUCAUCUUCGUGGUGGCCAAGAAGAGCAUCGCAGGAGCCUAUGUUUGCAUCUUUAUAGGAGAGACGCUGCUUUUCCUGAACUGGGCCAUAACGGCAGACAUUUUAAUGUUUGUCGUUAUCCCCACAAGGAGAGCAACGGCGGUCGCCUUUCAGAGCUUCACCUCUCAUCUCCUGGGUGACGCAGGAAGUCCGUACCUGAUAGGCCUGAUCUCCGACGCCCUUCAGGAGACUUAUGCUACGUCAGCGCUGUGGCGGUUCCUCAGUCUGGGCUAUGCCCUCAUGCUCUGUCCCUUCAUCAUCGUCCUGGGGGGCAUGUUUUUCCUGGCCACCGCGCUGUUUUUCCUGGAUGACAGGGAGAGGGCCGAGAAACAGUUGAGCCAGAUGACACGACCACCUUCCUCAGUCAAGGUAUGACCAGGUGACAGCCAUAUGAGGAGCAAUCUGAAGGAGCAACCAAACUCAAUAAGGAGGACAAAUUGGAGAUAAAAACCGAGGGCAGCUGAUCCACUUCUUUAAAACCACGUCCGUGUUCUCGUCACCGCCGUCCCCACCACGAUCAUCCUCCUCCUCCUCCUCCUCCUCCUCCUCCUCCUCAUCUUGGCUCCUGCUGCUCUUCCAUUCUACACUCUCGUCGAGGCCGCUCAGAACUGGAACGAGGGAGCGUCUUGCCCCUCCUUGAAACGCCUCUAAAUCACAGGUCGGUGAGAACCGGCCGGCCGACAGCUGGUGUCCUCCUCACCUCUGUCUGCGAGGAUCCACUGAACCUUCCAGGGAGGAGGAGGUGGGGCGACAAAAUCCCCCCUCCGACUCCCGACGCCAUACUACUGAAUGCUGACCAUGAACCUGCCCUGUCUGUCUGCUUGUCUGUCUCUGCGUGUCUGUCCGUCUGUUACAUCGGCUGUCAAUCUGCACCAAGUGCCAUAUAGCGUCAUUACAUUCCUUCAGACUUUGCACUGACCACCACCACCACCACCAACGACCCUCAUGACUUCAUCACUGACUGUGUUUACAUGCACACUAUAAUUCAGCUGUUGGCUAUAAAUGGAUUUGAUUAAGCUGUUUAUAUUUGCAAGACAGCAGAAGCAGUGUCAUUUGUAAACUGCUGUCAUAAAGCUCCUCUGUUGCCCAAUGCAAAUUACCCACAAUUCAUUCUGGCUUUCAACACUUGGAGCCUGUAAAGAGACAGAAGCUGUAAAUGUGGAGCUAGGAGGAAUAUAAUUCUCAAAGUGUUGCUCAUCUGUUUAAACAAGCUUCCAAUAAUGUGACUAAUAUCAGAUUACUCUGCACAUCUGAAUCGCAGUAUUAACAAAUUCAAACGUAAACACAGUGUUUACAUGAUGAAUGCAGUAUUCUCAUAAUCGAUCGUAGUUAAGCCGUGCAUGUAAACACAGCCGUCGAACCAAGAGCCAAAAAGUGUUACCGUCUAGCGGUCAGUGAAUCAGCCUUAAAAAUUGGAGCUUUCCCAUCAACAGCUGUUUCUUUUGACCCCCACAUGUGUUUUUAUUUUUAGCUUUUUUAGCACUUACAUCGACGUAGACAGUGCCAGAGAACAGGACAGAGAUGAGACAUUUCUGCACAUUAUUUUUCACAAGGUUUCUUGUGAUUUUCUUUUUUUUUUUUUUUUCUGUGUGAUGUUGGAUUUGAAACUGGAGGUUACUGCCUAUGAUUGUUUCAGAAGGACGAUGAUGCAAUCCGGGCAACACUGGACUAUAUGUUUUAUAAUUUAUAUUGUACAUGCUUUUCCCAAAAGUAAAUGAAAUGCUACUCUUUUUAAGGAGUAA